UAGAAUUGGUGAUGUGCGAUGGCUAAGCGUCGCGGUUUGCCAGAUUGGGGAGUAUUGCAAUGGGCUCGGCGUUUCCUCGCGGUGUGCGCGUGGGCAUCCGCGCUGUUUGUUGCCGUCGGAGCGGACGCACAUGCGGAUGUUGAUACCUCAACUGGGCUUGGAGAUAACACUCUGACUAAUACAGUUGUGGAGGAACCGGAGUUUACUGAUGUCAUCCAGAAUAUGACUGUGCCCGCUGGGCGCAGUGUGCGUCUCGCGUGUUCUGUUAAAAACCUGGGCUCUUACAAGGUAGCAUGGAUGCAUUUCGAGCAGUCAGCCAUUUUAACCGUGCACAACCACGUAAUAACUCGCAAUCCGCGUGUGAGCGUGACUCACGACAAGCAUCGCACUUGGUUCCUGCAUAUAUCAGACGUACGGGAAGAAGAUCGGGGACGGUACAUGUGCCAGAUAAACACCGUCACUGCGAAAACGCAAUUCGGUUAUCUACACGUCGUUGUGCCCCCGUCAAUCGACGACUCGUUGAGCUCGAGCGACGUUAUCGUCCGAGAGGGCGCUAACGUCACUCUGACGUGUCGCGCUAAUGGCUCUCCUAAGCCUACCAUCAAGUGGAAACGAGAUGACAAUUCAAAAAUUUCCAUCAGUAAAGGACAUUCAGUUUCCGAAUGGGAGGGCGAAGUAUUGGAAAUGGCGCGGAUAUCAAGACUGGAUAUGGGAGCUUAUUUGUGUAUCGCCAGUAAUGGAGUACCGCCGACGGUUUCGAAGAGAGUCAAAGUUAGCGUGGAUUUUCCUCCUAUGCUUUGGAUCCCACACCAACUUGUAGGCGCUCCACUAUACUACAACGUAACGUUGGAGUGCUUCACUGAAGCUCAUCCUACAUCUUUGAACUAUUGGACUCGAGACGACGGUCAUAUGAUCCACGAGAGUGCUAAGUACCACAUGGAGAACACAAUUGGAGCUCCUGCUUAUAAAACUCAUAUGAAGUUACUCAUCAGGCACAUCGUCACUGAAGACUAUGGUACUUAUAAGUGUGUAGCAAAGAAUCCGAGAGGAGAAUCAGAUGGAACCAUAAGACUAUACACGUCAUCACCACCGACAACGACUCCAGAUCCCAGAGCCAUUACAGUACUUCCACCAUCAAAACCUCCGCGUCGGGAUACACCACUUACAGAUAAAGGAACGAAGUAUCAAUCGAACUUGAACGAGAUCGAUAAGGGGAAGCAAAAGUCUGACGAGGGUGGCGGGAAGACGCAUCUUAACUGGGUGGGUGGUGCAUCACAAGUCACAGAUAAGGCAGAUUUGAGAAGAAACCAUCCACUGAUUUUAGUUUUAAUCUUUGCCUCCUGGUAUUAUUUAAAUUAAUUUAAAAGCACCUAUUAUAUAUGAUAAAAGAUACACUGUCCAUAAAUCAUGUAACCGUAAAUUACGCGCUGUAAUAAUAAUAAUAAUGAUUUUUGAGAGCAACUUAACUUUUACAAUUGUAUAUUUAUAUUGCACUUGUCGAAAAUAUUUGUAAUCUAACGCGAUACCUACAUAAGGUAUUUGUUAAAACACUAUAAGUUCGCACUGUCCCAUAUCCGCUUAGCUGUAACACUGUAUCAAGGAGUAUUUAUAUUUUAGGUAAUAUUAUAAAAAUAGCCUAGUGUAUUACAACAUUUUACUCUAUACAGAGUUCGAAAAGGCUCUCGAGUCUCGAGAUAUUAAUUUAUAUGAUUUUGGAUUUUUCUCGAAAACAGGUAACGUAGUUUUAAUAAAUUAGAGGCAUCGUUAAAUCUCUUAGAUGAGAGUAAAAAUUAAA